AUGGGAAACAAUAGUGAAUCAAGCAAAGAGGCCAUGCACAAGAUUCAUGGGUACGAACUAGGCCGUAUGUAUGCAGGAGCUUGGGAGCAGUUCCAUGUAGAUGCAAUGGCAUGGGGCCUAUGGAAAGAAGGGGCUGCAUUGGAACUAAAGGAUCCAACUCUAGGUAAUUUGUGUUCUGAACACCAUUUAUUGAGAAUCAUUCAUGUGGGUCUUUUAUGUGUGCAAGAAAGUGCAACAGAUAGGCCGACAAUGUCGGAAGUAAUUUCUAUGCUUGGCAAUGAAACUAUGUCCUUACCAGCUCCAAAGCAACCAGCAUUUUUCACAGGAAGAAAUGUGCCUCGGGCAAUUUCAUCAAAAACUUAUAAAAGCGAGUCAAAAGAUUAUUCAGUAAAUAGUUUGUCCAUUUCGAUAAUGGAUGCGCGAUGA